AUUAAACCACAAGUAAAAAAAAACUUAUUAAAACAUGAAUUUGGUUGCUUAGGGUUUCAUUUGAUUUACGUUUUUCUUUCUUCCGUUUUGCUGCCGAGAAUACCAAAAGGAAAAAAAAGGCAUAACUUUCUUCUGCAAAUUUCUCCGAUUUCAUUGUAUAGAAUCAGAAUUUGAGCUAUGGGAAAGAGGAAAGCAAAAACAAAGCCUCCUCCAAAGAAACGAAUGGAUAAACUUGACACUUCCUUCAGUUGCCCUUUCUGUAAUCAUGGCAGCAGUGUUGAAUGCCGCAUUGACAUGAAGAACUUGAUAGGAGAAGCUUCCUGCAGUAUUUGCCAAGAGAACUUUAGCACUACUAUCACAGCUUUAUCCGAGCCAAUAGACGUAUACAGUGAGUGGAUUGAUGAAUGCGAACUGGUGAACAACCAGGAAGAUGAUGGUGCUUAGCAGCAACCUUCAGAAUCCUUGUUCUAAUAGGUAGUGGGUGCGAUAAGUGGCCAACACAAUAUCUAUCUUCUCCAACCACUGAUUUUGUUCAACUCCUGUCGUAAGCUGUAAGCACAAGUGUGCAUCUAUGAUUAGUUUGUGCGUAAACUUUGAUAGUAAUUGUAAUAGCAUGUAAAACGAACAUGGAGAUGAUUGUUCUAUGUAGAUGAAGCUAUUUUAUUUUGAUAGCUAGUAUGCAAUAUCCAAGUUUCUACUGCA